CACCUAAAUUAUUGUCAAACAUGUACUUGCGAUGGUGGUGGAUUCUUUGAGUAUUUUGUCUUUUUUGAAGAUAUUUACGGUGAUAUUUGAGUUAAAUUAAAGUAAAUAAGGAAAUAAACUAAUAAAUUGCUACAUGAAUAGUGUUUAAGUACAUCAAACAUAAGCAAAAAUGUCUAGUAUGUCAGACCGCAAGGCAGAGCUGGAGCGCAAGAAAGCAAAACUCCAAGCAUUGCGGGAAGAGAAGGAUAGACGCAGACGAGAGAAAGAGCAAAAAGAUGCUGAUGAAGCUUUGCAACGUGCAUCCACCGCAUCAAGUCUGGACAGCCGCCGCGACCUGGAUGAGAUGCUCUCGUCUCUGGGCGUGGCGCCGGUGAAGGAUGUGCUGUCCUCGCUAUCAUCCAUGACGUCGUUGACACCGCCGCAGACUGCUUCGCCUGAUGCUAGCCUUCCACACACUGACAAGUCCAGCCUACCUCCGCAUGGAGGUCCAAAGAAACCACUGCAACUGCAAGUUGUUUCUGUGCAAUCCACUGACAUACCACCGAAGGAGAAUGUCACAUAUGCCAAGCAGACCCAAACAACUGCUUCCGGGGUCACAGAACUCCGAGAUGGAUACAUGGAGGACUGGUGGCGGCCGCGCAAAGCACACGCCACUGACUACUACGACGAGUACAAUCUAAACCCGGGUUUAGAGUGGGAGGACGAGUUCACAGUGCUUACAUUCGACGGGGACGGCGCUCGGCAAGGCGAGGACGAGGAGGCCGCGUUCCACGGGAAGCUGCCGCCGGGCAUCCUGCCGCACGGCCUGCCCACGGUCAAGGAGGUGCAGCCCGCGGUCACCGCCGCGCCGCAAGAGAAGAAAGAGGAGGAGAAGGAGAAGAAAAUCCGCGAGCUGAGCAACGAUGAGAAGCAGACGAUCCUGCUGUCGGCGGAGUUCCAGAAGUUCAUGAGCCGCGCCGGCCGCGUCAUCGAGCGCGCGCUGGCCGAGUCCGUCGACAUCUACACCGACUACACGGGCGGCGGAGACAACGAGAACGCUCAGGACGACAAGUCUGACGCGCGCCUGUCGCUGGUGCGCACGUUCUACGACGAGCGCUGGUCGCGCGGGCGCUGCGUCACGUGCCUGGACUGGUCCAGCGCGCACCCCGAGCUGAUGCUGGCCGCGUACCACAACAGCGACGACGCGCCGCACGACCCGGACGGCGUGUGCCUGGUGUGGAACACCAAGUUCAAGAAGUCCACGCCGGAAGACAUCUUCCACUGCCAGUCGCCCGUAAUGAGUGCCACUUUCGCCAGAUUCCACCCGAACCUAAUCCUGGGCGGCACCUACUCGGGCCAGAUCGUGCUGUGGGACAACCGUGUGCAGAAGCGCACGCCCAUACAGCGCACGCCGCUCUCUUCUCUAGCGCAUACUCACCCAGUGUACUGCCUGUCAGUGGUCGGCAGCCAGAACGCGCACAACCUGAUCUCCGUGUCGACGGACGGGCGCAUGUGCUCGUGGUCGCUGGACAUGCUCUCGCAGCCGCAGGAGACGCUGGAGCUGCACCACCGCCAGAACAAGGCCGUGGCCGUCACCUGCAUGGCCUUCCCGCACGCCGACGUCAACAACUUCGUGCUGGGCAGCGAGGACGGCAACAUCUACACCGGCUGCCGUCACGGGCAGCGCGCGGGCGUGUCGGAGAGCGUGGAGGCGCACGCGGGGCCCGUCACGGCCGUGGCGUGCCACGCCGCGCCCGCCGCGCUCGACCUGUCGCAUCUCUACCUCUCCGCCUCCGUCGACUGGAGCGUCAAGUUGUGGAGCUUAAAGGAGAACAAAGCGCUGUACUCGUUCGAGGACAGCGGCGACUACGUGGCGGACGUGCGCUGGUCGCCCGCGCACCCCGCGCUCUUCGCCGCCGUGGACGCGGCCGGCCGGCUCGACCUGUGGAACCUCAACAGGGACACCGAGGUGCCGAUCGCGUCGGUGACGUCGGAGACCGGCGUGGCGUUCAACCGCGUGUCGUGGAGCCCGAGCGGCGGACACGUGACCGCCGGCGACGACGCGGGCAAGAUCUGGGUCUACGAGCUCGCUGAGAAUGUGGCUCAGCCGCGGCACGACGAGUGGAGCAAGCUGGUGUACACGCUGCAGGAGCUGCGCAACAACCAGGCGGACGAGGAGACGGACCGCCUCAGCCUCGCCACCUCGCUCACCAGCCUCAACUCGCUGGCCAGCAACCCGCUGAGAUAACUGCUGCAUUGGGAUGUUCGUUGCGCUUGGAAGUUGUAACAGGAAAGGCUGGACUCAGAUGUGACUGAAGUAAUGGUGCGGGACAAAUAUACCUAUAUAAAAACAUAUUAUGAAAUAUAACAUUUAGAUCCUUGAUGUUGCAUUUCAGAAAGUUUUACUUAGAUCCUUUUCGAUUUUGUAAAAGACUAUCUAUCCUUAAAAGCUUUCAAAGUAAAACAAAUUCAUUCCUAUAAAUUAAGGCCUGGAAUAUAUGAACAACAGUCCACACUACUGAAUUAAAGCUAUAGUCUGGUUUGUUGAUAACACUCCCAUGAUAUGCGGGCGACUGGCGGAAAGGCUGCGCGGGUGUGAAAUCGUGCGUGCAUCAGUCAGUUUUUCAUUCGUCGCUACACGACUUCGCCCCGCGCGCAACAUCGGGAGUGUUACGAACGAAGUUGCCAAGCUAUAGUGUUAAUAAACCAUAAUUUUACUUGACUUAAUAAUGAAUAUGGCUUGGUUACCUACAAAGUUGUAAUGUAUAUUGUUCUAAUGUAUACCUGUGCCACGGUUUAAGUCGUCAAUGAUCUUUAAACACAUUUAUAAUAUUGCUUAAUAAUUCAAUAGUUAAAUAAACCAGCACAAAUUCAUUAUUUCAUACCAAACUACAAGUAUGUGCAAUCAAAGAAAAGCAUGAAAGUACUUAUAAUUUUUAGAAAUUAUUUCUUAAGGCAGCCCUUUAGGUAUUUAAUAUUUUUUAUAAUGAUAAAAUUUUCAAAUUAUAAAUACAUAUCAAAAGUCAGAAUUGGAAGUGAAACUAUCAUUUUGAAUGUUUAAAAUAUUAUCUCAUAUUGAUUGUUUGUUCAUUCCACAACUGCUCGAAAAUGACCUCACCUGAUGUUAGGUUGAAACCAUCUAAAAUGGCAUCAUACUUGAUGGAAAUAAAAUGAUUGUUUCACAAAUCCACAAUUUUUGAUGUGUACUUGAAAUUCCCUAAUAAUAUUAGAUUUUACUAUGGAGAUGUAAUUAUUGUUAAAAUAUGUGUUACUCAUGUAAAUUAAGUAUUAUCUUGAAGUUGUAUUUAUUAAACACCUAGUAACAGUUGAUAUAUAAAUAAAAUUACAUUGCUUAUUAA